GAAAGAGACUCACCAUAGCUGUUGAAUUGGUUGCUAAUCCGUCCAUCAUCUCCACGGAUGAGCCUACAUCAGGACUGGAUGCAGGAGCAGCUGCCAUUGUUAUGCAUACCACGCAAAACACAGUGGAUGCAGGGAGGACUGUUGUUUGCACAAUUCACCAACCAAGCAUAGAUAUUUUUGAAGCUUUCGACGAUUUGCUUUUGAUGAAGAGAGGAGGUCAAGUCAUUUAUGCUGGAUCUCUUGGUCGCCAUUCUCACAAGCUUAUAGAAUACUUUGAAGCUGUUCCUGGGGUUCUAAAGAUCAAUGAUGGCUACAAUCCUGCUACAUGGAUGCUGGAAAUAAGUUCUACAGUGGUUGAGGCUCAACUUUAUGUAGAUUUUGCUGAAAUUUAUGCCAAUUCUGACCUCUAUAGAAGAAAUCAGGAGCUUAUCAAAGAGCAAGUACACCAGUGCCUGGAUCUAAGGACCUUCAUUUCCCUACUAAGUAUUCCGAAUGUUUCAUUACUCAAUGCAAAGCCUGCUUCUGGAGACAGCAGUGCUCACACUGGAGAAAUCCACAAUACAAUGCCAUCAGAUUCUUCGUCACAACUUUUGUCGGCUUCUUGUUUAUACAGAGCUGAAAGCCAAGAUCUGAUGAAUUUGCUGGGAGCCAUGUAUUCUGCUGUUCUUUUCCUUGGAACCACCAACACUUCAGCAGUUCAGCCUAUUGUGGCAAUUGAAAGAACUGUCCUUUACAUUGAAAGAGCAGCAGGGAUGUAUUCACCAUUGCCAUAUGCAUUUUCGCAGGGAAAAGAAGGUUGCAAUAGAGGCAAUCUACGUCUCAAUC